UCACAAACAACUCAUCAUCAUAAAUGAUUACGUAACAGAAUCAAACACGUUCAGCUCUAUGUUUUUUUAUUCUCAAACCGACACCAUGAAAGAGCUUCUACUCAUUCCAUUUCUUCUUCUGUUGAUGCUUUUUCACCCUUCUUGCUACUCACUUGACACCAUAACGCGAAACCAAACAAUCAAAGACGGCGACGUUUUGGUCUCCAACCCUCAAGGAACAUUCGUACUAGGUUUCUUCAGCCUGAAGCCAGAUUCCAAAACCCGAUACCUUGGUAUAUGGUACAACAGAAUUUCUGAACAAACCGUUGUUUGGGUUGCAAACAGAGACACUCCUCUCAGUGACACUUCCGGUGUUCUCUCCAUCAACAAUGGAAACCUCGUACUCCACGACCUUAACAAAAACAAAAACCUUAAACCCAUUUGGUCUUCCAAUUUUUCAACUUCUAGUUCCACCUCAUUUGCUGACUCUUCAGCUAACCUUUUGGAUACAGGAAACUUGGUCUUGUUUCAUAAUAAUGGAAAGAACGUUGUUUGGCAGAGUUUUGAUUUUCCAACUAACACUAUGCUUCCUUUCAUGAAACUCGGAUUGGACCGUAAAACUGGUCUGAACCGGUUCCUCACAUCAUGGAAAUCCCCGAGUGACCCAGGAACCGGAAACGUGACAUACUGGAUUGACCCGACCGGUUUUCCUCAACUGUUUCUGUAUAGAAACAAAUCUCCAACAUGGAGAGUCGGGUCGUGGACGGGUCAAAGAUGGAGCGGAGUACCCGAAAUGACUCCGAAUUUCAUAUUCAACGUUAGUUACAUCAACAACGAAGAUGAAGUUUCUAUACUAUACGGUGUGAAGGAUCCAAGGGUGUUAUCGAGAAUGGUUUUGGAUGAAACGGGUCAUGUGAGGAGGCUGACGUGGCAGCCUAGCGAACGUAGAUGGUUUCAGAUUUGGUAUGGUCCGAAAGAGGAAUGUGAUGAUUUCAAACAGUGCGGGUCGAACUCGAAUUGCGACCCGUAUAAUGCGGAUAAGUUUGAGUGUGAGUGUUUACCCGGGUUUGAACCGAAGUUUGCGAGGGAGUGGUAUUUGAGAGACGGGUCGGGUGGGUGUGUGAGGAAGAGAAAUGUUUCCACGUGUCGGAGUGGGGAAGGGUUUGUGAAAGUGGCACGUGUGAAAGUGCCUGAUACUUCUAAGGCACGUGUGAAUGAGAGUUUGGGUUUGAGAGAGUGUAGAGAGAAGUGUUUGGAGGAUUGUUCUUGUGUUGCGUAUACGAGUGAAAAUGAGGUAUCUGAGAGUGGGUGUGUUACUUGGUAUGGUGAUAUGGAAGAUACAAGAACUUAUACACAAGUUGGACAAGAUUUGUAUCUACGAGUGGAUGCACAUGAAUUGGCUAUGUAUGCAAAACAUCCAUAUGGUUCUCUUGGCAAAAAGGGGAUGGUGGCAAUAGUAGUUAUUUCUUCUUGCUUGGUGUUGUUUAUGGGGACCAUUUUCGUGUAUUGGUUUGUGAAGUCCAGGAAACAAUGGUCGAAAAGGGAUCCCAAGUAUUCGUUUCGUCUUAGCUUUGAUGACUCUUCUACUCAGCAAGAAUUUGAUAGUACAAACAAUUCAAAUUUACCGUUCUUUGAUCUUAGCUCCAUAGCUGCUGCAACAGAUAAUUUUUCACUUUCUAACAAGCUUGGUGAAGGUGGUUUUGGUUCUGUUUAUAAGGGUGUAUUGAGCAAUGGAAUGGCGAUUGCAGUGAAGAGACUGUCAAAGUAUUCUGGACAAGGCAUAGAAGAGUUUAAAAACGAGGUUGUUUUGAUUUCAAAACUGCAGCACAGAAAUCUUGUGAGGAUCUUAGGUUGCUGCAUUCAAGGAGAAGAAAAGAUGUUAAUCUAUGAGUAUCUGCCCAACAAAAGCUUAGACUUUUUCAUUUUUGAUAAAUCUAAAAGCUCAGAACUAGAGUGGAGAAAGCGGUUUGAUAUUAUUUGUGGUGUUGCUAGAGGGAUCUUAUAUCUUCACCAUGACUCGCGAUUAAGAAUAAUUCAUAGAGACCUAAAGGCCAGCAAUGUCUUGUUGGAUUCUGCAUUGAACCCAAAAAUAGCAGAUUUUGGUAUGGCGAGAAUGUUUGGUGGAGAUCAAAUUGAAGCCGUUACAAAUCGUGUCGUUGGAACCUAUGGUUACAUGUCUCCAGAAUAUGCCAUGGAAGGACAGUUUUCAGUGAAGUCUGAUGUAUAUAGCUUUGGAGUUUUACUGCUAGAGAUUAUUACAGGAAAGAAGAACACUGGGCUAUAUGAAGACAAUGAAUCCACAAAUUUAGUUGGACACAUAUGGGACCUAUGGAGAGAAGACAAAGACAUGGAGAUUGUUGAUCGGUCAUUAGGAGAUUCGUUCUCUGAGCUUGAAGUCCAAAGAUGCAUCCAAAUUGGGCUUUUGUGUGUACAAGAUUAUGCUGUUGACAGACCAUCUAUGUCAACUGUUGUAUCUAUGCUGGGAAAUGACUCAACUCUUCCUACUCCAAAACAACCAGCAUUUAUUUUCAAGAAAAGUAACUAUGAGAGUUCAAAUCCAUCAACCAGUGGAGGAAUUUACUCAGUAAAUGAUGUAAGUAUGACUAUGAUGGAAGCUCGCUGAAGGCCAUGCUUAUUGUAUGAUGCUAGUGUGCAGUAUACUUGUAAACUAAACUGCAAUAAGGUACGCCAUAAUACUCUCAAUCUAGAUUCUUACAAGGAGGUAUAGUUAAAACCAGCAUUUUACUUGUACGAGAUGAGUGAGAAACCAUAAAAAUGAGUGACCAUGUCUUGAUCCCAAAUCUAAAGCUGUUGUGUAUUGUGCCUCCACAGUUAUAUUGUCUUUAUUUAAUGUAAACCAACGUGGCACUAACACAGCUCCACACUUGUAUUUACUGAAGUCCACUCCUUUAUGUAAAUUAAAGUCAUUAUUGUAAGUAUAUAAUUGCACGGAAAAUGUAAAAUCCUGUUGUUAUAGUAGUAUGAAUUACUGUUACUUUCUUUUUAUCUUUGAGAAUUCAAAUGGAUAAUUGUGUUGAAA